AUGGCCGGUGCUCUCAACCGUACGGAUGACAUGAAAAUGUACACUGAAUUGCAUACAAAUAUCUCCAAUGCCUUCACAAAAGCAUUUGUCAACACAACUGACGGUAAAAUCAAAGGCGACACUCAAGCCGUGUAUGUAUUGGCCCUCACUUUUGAAUUACUGCCACAAAACCUGAGACCACUUGCGGUCAACCAAUUGGUCGACAAUAUUAAGGCUCACGACUACCACUUCACCACUGGAUUCAUCAGUGUCAAUUUUGUGAAUGAGGUGCUCGUCAAAUAUGGGCACCGGGAUGUGGCGUAUAAAUGCCUACUCCAAGAGACAUUUCCCUCGUGGGGGUACGUAAUAGAACAUAACGCCACCGGAAUGUGGGAACACUAGGACUCAUGGACUGUGGACAAGGGGUUUAUGGAUCCCGGGACAAACUCAUUCAAUCACUACAGUCUGGGAACUAUAGGCCGAUGGAUCUACCAAUACGUGGCCGGUAUUGACACCGACGACCAAAUGGUGGGCUUUAAACGCAUCAAAAUAC